AUGUAUGUGUUUGAAACAAAAGAAACUUGUUUGGGAAGCAUAAGGACACAAUCAGCCAGUAAAUAACAUUUAGGCCUUCGACGUCAACCUUGGCGCCAUUCCUCUCAAAUAUUUAUGCUUGAACUGUACGCGCGCAUGUUCUGGACUACUGCCACUUUCGUCAACAAUCUUUAAUCCUUCUAUUUUAUUUACAACUGGAAAACGCAGUCGCUGUUUUGUGGCUCAACCGACUAUUGGGAAAGUUUCCGUGUGCCGACACAUUCCCUAUCCAAACCAAAGCAACCUCUCAACACCAAUCUCGACUACAACCACUAGCACCUUGGAAACACCCUACCAUCCUCCCACAAACACCUAAACCUGCAAUGCGACAGCACAUGCCGUAAUCCCCAACCCUCUGGCGCCGCAUCAUAUGCCUUUCCCCUCGCGCCCCUCUUCGCCCAUCACCCAACCGCCGACGCCCACACCCCCCUACUCGAACCACCACGCCGCCCUCCCCCCCUCCACCACCAGCAAACCCCCCCAAUCCUCGAAACAAAAACCAACCUCCCCCAUCACCGGGCCCCGUCAGGACGCCCGGCACGACCCCCGUCAGGACCACCCCCGCCGCCGAUCCGUCCUCCACCCCUCCAUCGCCGUCCUGCUGGGCGUCAACACACACUGGCACAUCCCGCUCCUCGUCUGUCGCGGCCUCAGUACGCUUCCAGCGGCGUGGUGGGGGCUGAGAUGUCUGUUGACGUUUGUGGGGGAGUGCGGUGCAUCAGCAUACCUAUCGUUCUUUUUCACGGACUGCCUCAUGUCGCGCUGGCUCGUCCAUUACACCCCCCAAGCAACACUCGUCCGCCUCCUCACGAUAAACUCUAUAAACGCCUACAUAACAUCCUGGGUCCUCUAUCUCUCCGGCGGGAGCGAGGACCCGAGGCAGCUGUUGCCGGCUUGGAUAAGCAUUGCCAGCACCCUAACAGUAGCCUACCACACCACCCAACGGCACAUCAACAUCCGCCGCGAAACCCGCGAGACAAUCUCCAUCUUCUCCCUCGCCUCCUUCACCAGCAUGGCCCUGCUGCUCAUCCAACUGCACCUCUCUCGUGUAAACACCAUGCCCGUGCCGCCGAUCUUUCAGUUGUUGGGGAAGGCGUGGGAGGUGGGGAAGAAGGUUGUUAGGAGGACGGGGUUGGGGCCUGUGGGGAGGGAGUUAUAG